UGCUCACCGACUCCACCUGUGCUCACCAAAUUCCCCAAUGCUCACCGAAUCCCCCUGUGCUCAGCGAAUCCCCCAGUGCUCAUCGGAUCCCCCUGUUCUCACCGAAACCCCUUGUGCUCAUCGAAUCCCCCUGUGCUCACCGAAUCCCCCAGGGCUCACCGAGUCCCCCUGUUUUCACUGUAUCCCCCUGUGCUCACUGUAUCCCCCUGUGCUCACCAAAUCCCCCUGUGCUCACUGAAUCACCUUGUGCUCACCAAAUCCCCCAGUGCUCACCGAAUCCGCCUGUCCUCACCGGAUUCCCCAGUGCUCACCGACUCCCCCUGUGCUCAGCGAAUCCCCCAGUGCUCACCGGAUCCCCCUGUUCUCACCGAAACCCCUUGUGCUCACCAAAUCCCCCUGUGCGCACCAAAUCUCCCGGUGCUCACCGAAUCCCCCUGUCCUCACCGAAUCCCCCAAUGCUCACCUCAUCACCCUGUUCUCACAGGAUCCCCCUGUGCUCACCGAGUCCCCCUGUUCUCACUGAAUCCCCCAGUGCUUGCCAAAACCCUCUGUGCUCACCAAAUACCCCAGUCCUCACCGAAUCUCCCAGUGCUCACCGAAUCCCCCUGUGGUCACCAAAUCCCCCUGUUCGCACCGAAUCCCCUAAUGUUCACCAAAUCCCCCAGUGCUCGCCAAAACUCCUUGUGCUCACCGAAUCCCCCUGGGCUCACCAAAUCCCCUUGUGCUCACCGAAUCCCCCAGUGCUCACCGAAUCCCCAAUACUCAACGAAUCCCCCAGUGCUCACCGAAUCCCCCU